CCUGUUGGGUUAAACAUAUUUUUGCGUGUUAAUAUUAAAAUACACAGUUUCUUGAGUUCUCGUUGUAUUUAAAGCUACAAGGUGUCGGUAUCAACUAACGUCCUUCAAAAAGCACUCACGAUGAAUAUUCUGACACCCCACGACGGACCUGAUAUUUCACCCAUCGACUCCGCAGGUGAAUGGCACAGUGCGACCUUUUGGGUGUUGGUGGUUGGUGCGUCGGCCCUGGUGGCGGCGGCACUGGCCGUCUUCGCUUGUUGGAUUACCCGUCGCCGCUCCACGCUUGCUCAUAAACUUGGUGGAAAACGAGGCCCGGACAAGGCGCUAGUGUUCCAGCCUCCACGUCGUGCCACCGCCGUGCGGUCCCCGGGAUCUGCUACGCACUACCUGCGCAAAUCUCCAUCGCCAACUGCUGCUGCACCACCGCCGACUACGUCACCACCACAGCCACAACCUCCAACUAACCCAAUAAUGCCAUCUGGUGGCAACAGUCCGCAUACCCCGACAGCUCCCGAGCCCACACCGUUGAGCAAGGAGCUCGCUGAUGCCAACGCCACUGAGAAACCAAAGCCAAUAGAACCUGAGACGAACGAUGGAAAGCUGGGCGACCUGCACUUCAAACUGCGAUAUGAAAAUGAGAAGAGCGCUCUUGUUGUCUCGGUCGUCUCCUGCCAGGGUUUGCCUGGUCGCGAGCCAGCUGGACCAGACCCCUACGUCAAGCUCCAGCUUCUGCCGGACAAACAACACAAAGUGAAGACAAGAGUUGUACGGAAGACCCGUUGCCCGGUGUACGAUGAAGACUUCACUUUCUACGGCAUCGCUCCCCACCAGCUCGCUGCGAUCACUCUACAUUUCGUUGUUUUGAGCUUUGACAGAUACUCCCGCGAUGAGAUAAUCGGCGAAGUGGUGUCGCCUCUGUCCACUCUUCAGCUGCACAGCGGAGAAGCUACCGCCCUCUGCCGUGAGAUACAACCACGAAGCUUGAAGAUGCGCAGCGUGGGUCGCGGGGAGGUGCUGGUGUCUCUGUGCUGGCAGCCCGCUGCCGCACGCCUAACUGUCGUGCUGCUAAAGGCCCGCAAUUUGCCCAAGAUGGACGUCACUGGACUUGCUGAUCCAUAUGUCAAGAUGUACCUGCUGUAUAACGGACAGCGUAUCGCUAAGAAGAAGACGCACGUGAAGAAGCGUACGUUGAAUCCGGUAUUCAACGAGUCGUUCGUGUUCGAAGUGCCGGCAGCUCCCAACGCCACGCUCGACCAUGUCUCCCUCGAGCUGCUCGUCCUCGACUGGGACCGCGUUACCAAGAACGAGGUGAUCGGUCGGCUGGAGCUGGGCGCGGAGGGCGCGGGCAGCGCGCGGCACCACUGGCGUGAGGUGCAGGCCGCGCCGCGCCGGCAGAUCGCCGACUGGCACAAGCUCAAGGAGUGAGCCCUCACUGACCCUCCCCAAGCACACUUACCCGCAUCUUCAUUCACAAUACCGCAGUUCCCCUAUCCUAAUUAAUUAUUCUAUCCUCUAAAACCUUAACACUGGUCCACAAUGCUUAAACGUUGAACAUCAUGAGUGAAGAAUUUCCAAUGUGUCACCUGUGAGUCUUCACUCCUGACGCCUGAUGUGCACUCACGUUAUAUACCAACCUUACUUAGUAUGAAGCUCAACAUAGAAACGCUCACGUUCUUGACAUAUUUGGUUUGGUCAUCCCUGACUUAUGUAUGAAGUCAUUAAGCUAUUUGGAUUUCUUCCACACCACUAUACCUUAUAGUACCAAAAACAUUCAUUCUAUCCCUCGUAUAACUGCUGCUUACCUAACAUCAUCACAAUUAUCGUAUAAAUGUAUUUUCAAUAUACCUUUUGAUCAAAAAACAUGUCAAAAUAGAGAAAUCUAAGCCCGUAAACCCAAGUCAACGGUUAAAUAUUACAAACAGUGAUGGAAUAAAGAAACAUGUUGCGAAAUCAGUUCCUCAUUUUAUGUGCAAUAUAUAUAUGUUUAAUUCUAGAGGCAAAAAAUAUAUAAACACAAACAAAAUCUCAGCUAAAUAUCUCGUAAACAAAUGUCGAUUUGAUUUUAUGUAAAUUACAUUAAUAUCCCGUUACAUAUGAUAUGUUUUAUUAAAAUAUCUACUUGUUAUAAAAUAAAAUACAUCGUUUUAAAGUCUCAAAAUGUCAUCAUUAUCGAAUUGAUCGUAUUAUUGGACGGUCCAAAUCAUUUGAAUAUUGCACAAUCGCAUAUAUAUUUAUAAAAUAAUCGUUUUUAAUGUCUUAUUAAUAAACGAUGAGGUUAUAAUGUUUAGUUGAGAUAAAGUAUUAGAUGUUCUAAGUAUUAUCACACCAUUAUACUACCGCCAAACAGCAAUACUUUCCACGAGGUAGGCACGAGGAAUAUAACAUUGGUUUCCUGACUACGAUGAAAAACGGUUGUGCGUUUUCUGAUAAGCGCAGUUGAUCAUUUAUCAUUGGAUGGUCCAUCAGCUGUUUUAUUUCCUACUAUAAAUAUUUGAAAAAAUAUAAAUUUGUUUUGGAGGAAUAAUUAUGAGAAAAUUGCAAUACGCUCGACAUCUAAAAUUAUUUCUUUUCUGGUAGUCGGAACAAGUUACAUAUUCCUACUGUUUGAUAAGUAUGAAACUUAUUCUAAUUACAGUAGUCGUGAAAACCUCGCAGAUAGUAUAUUUCCUUAGUUUUCAUUGUUUUGUUUUGCACGUUGAAUUCGUUCCGUGUCCUCGUAUAGUUACGAAAGGCAAAUAAUUUAUAUCACAUUUAUAAUUUUGGAUAUAAGUAUGUAAUAAUGAAUAUGUAAACUUGUAAUGGAUCAUCUGUUGUUGCGCACAACUUUUGAUUUGUUAAUGAAGAAAAAAGUAUGAACCGCUCGUUUAUUAAUAAGACGAUUAUAAUAUUUGACACAAACGUAAUUUUGAAUCGAAUGAAAUCCUCAAACGGGUAAGUGGGAUAUUAGCCAAAGUCCAAAAGCAGGUGAACUCUUUCUUUAGACGUAUUGAAAAAAAAGUAGUGAUAUUUUGUAUUAGAUAGAUAAAUUUAUUUCAUCAUCAAGUUUAAUAUAAUAUUUUUGUCUCGUGUUCCCCAACUAAUUAUUGUUUUAAAACGCACAUUUCUGUAUGUCUGGUAGUUAAUGUCUCGAACGAUUAGAUAAUUAUUAACUCAUAAAUGUCAUGUUAAAAUUUUCUUCGACUAUAUUUUUCUAUUACGCACUUCGAAAAAAUGUUUAUUUUUUAUGUAUAGGUCAUAUUAAUAAUAAUUUAUCAUACGUUGAAAAACACAUGUCUGGCUGAAUGGUGCAAACCUUUACCUAUUUCAAAAGGAAAAAUAAUACCUAGUAAAGUAAUUAAAAUUAUCAGAUGUAUCUAUUGAUAUGAGACGGAUGGAUGCCAAUUAUUCGAUUAUAAAUCAAAUGUAUUGAAGUAAUAGAAAAGAUUUAAACUCUAUAUUCUUUGAUUUGCGUAAUAGAAAUAUAAAGUUACAUUGAAAUUUGAAAAAAAAAUCUGAUCUAUUUUCUAAUUAAUAAAAUACUUAACAUAUCCAACGGUAAGACACUGUAACUGACACAUAACGACUAACGAUCCAUAAAAAAUAUAUUUUUAAUCUGUGUACAUUUUAUUUUAUAUAAAUACUUUUCAGUUUAAUUAAAAAAAAGUUAAUUAAACAUAGAUAAGUAUUUAAGACAACAAUAGAUACCCAAAAAAGUAUAAGCAUUCUUGAUUUUUUUUACAUAAAGAUGUAAUUA